AUUUUCCGAUGAUAACUCAAGAACGCUUUUGCCUAGGAUCAUGACACUUCAUAGGUACAUUGAUCGUGACUUGCAGAUGACCCCUAUUGAUUAUCAGGUCACUAGGUCAAAGGUCAAGGUCACAGUGACAAAAAACGUAUUCACACAAUGGCUGCCACUACAACGGACAGCCCAUAUGGGGGGCAUGCAUGUUUUCUAUAGAUUUCAGCAAGAUCCACCAAUGGAUAAUAGACAUACAAGACCCACUGUUGACAUUAUAUGUUUACAGUCAUUGAGGCAACUGUUGAAGACACCCACAGUCUAGAAUCUGUACAGGAGUCAGAGCCUCUCAUGAUACAACAUGCCAGUGUUGACUGUGCUGAUCAUAUGCAAUCUACAGGUUUCACUUUGGUUCUUUCAGAGUCCAUGUCAACUGCUGCCAGUGAAGGGCCAGCCAGUCUGACCCAUGAUGACAUGAGGCAGCCAAAUCCUCAAGGGACAGGGACAAGAAAAGGAAUGAAACGAAAGUGGGCCAGCGAAGAGAACAUAUGUUUCAUGAACUUUUUUAGAGAUGAAUUAAGAGAAAAAAAAAUGCCAUCUGGCUCAAAAAUAAUGGGGUCCCUAAAAAUACUUACCGGAAGAACAGUGGCCCAGAUAAGGGCAAGGGUCCAUAACAUUAUUAUGGAAAAACAAAAUGGAAAAAGAAUUGUUGAACUGUGGAAUAUGUUUAUGCCCCUGGUAGGGUGGCAUAUAGCAGUUGAACUGUCCGUCAGUCAGUCAGUCUGUCCAUCUGGCCGAAAACUUAUAUGGCCAUAACUUUUUCAAUAUUGAACAUAGCAACUUGAUAUUUAUACCCCUAUUACAAUUGUAAUGGGGGCUAUAUAGGAGUCACGUUUGUCGGUCUGUCCCGAUAUUUCAUCCGAUCUUCACCAAACUUGGUCAGUAGUUGUAUGUAGAUAAUGUCUAGAUCAAGUUUGAAUAUGGGUCAUGCCAGGUCAAAAACUAGGUCAUUGGGGUCACUUAGUAUGUUUUAAACUGUAAGUUUGUACGGACCAUAGCUAUGUUAUUUAUCGUUACAUUUUUAAAUGACUCGGUACAUUUGUUCACCAUCAUGGAACGGUGUGUCGCGUUAAAAGAAAUUACGUCAAUAUCUCAAAGGUCAAGGUCACACUUGGGAGUUCAAAGGUCAAAUGCUUGUCCGGGCCAUAGCUUUGUUUUUUAUUGUGAGAUUUUAAAAUCAUUUGGCACAUUUGUUCACCAUCAUUGAACAGUGUGUCGGGCGAAAGAAUUACGUCGAUAUUUCCAAGAACAAGGGCACAAUUUGAGUUUAAAGGUAAAAAAUGGCCAUAAUUGAGCUUGUCUGGGCAAUAACUAUGUUGUUUAUUGUGCGAUUUUAAAAUCGUUGGCUCUUUUGUUCACCAUCAUUUGACAGUGUGUCGCGCGAAAGA